CGUUUUUUGCUUUGCUGCAUGUGGCUACGCGGGAAACUGAAAUUAAUAAUUGUAUCGUGUUUGAAUCAAUUAACAUGAGAUUCAAAACAGACAGUGGAAUUACUUGGUCCAGCCUGGAACUUGCGGGCCUCGUAGAAGACGAGGAAUCCCGUGUUUAUUUUGAAAAAUUUAAAAAACACCUUGGCUUACAUCCGUUCCACUUAACGAACUUGAACGCCGCGUUGAAUGAAAUUUUAAGCUCAAAUCUAAAUUCUUAUGAUCCUGACUUGAAAGGAUUUUUAUUGGCUUAUAGAAAUCCGAAAUUACUAACUUCGUUGGGAGAAAUAUUUUACGAUACAUGCUUCAUUCACAUUGAUGUUGAAACAGACUUUUAUGUAUUCAGACCAGAAGUUGGAUGUAAAUUGAAAGGAAUAGUCAAUAAAAAGGGAUUAGAUCACAUAGGGAUUCUUGUACAUAAGACAUUUAAUGUAUCGAUUCCUAAACCGGAUGAUGAAGAAGAUUGGCCAGGUAAUAAUGUUGAAAUUGGCCAAGAAGUAAGAUUUGCAAUAACACUUCUUGAUUUUAAUAGCAAGUUACCAUUUAUUCGCGGUGUCUUGAAUUCAAAUGAUUAUUUACAUGGCUGUAAAUUAAUGCUAAAAAGCAUUAAUAAUAAAAGAUUAUCUUCUAAGAAUAAUAUUUACAGUAAUAAUAUUAAUGAUGUAUCAAAGAAAAAUACUAAGCAUACUGGAAAGCAUACAUUUUUCACAACUGAUUCUGAAAGUACUGAUGAAGAUAUACCAAAAAUAAAAGAAGAGAUUGAACCCAAAGUAUUAGAGAAAAAGAAAAAAGGCAAGAAACGUGAUAAAGAGUUCAAUGAAAUAAGUGAAUCUAAAACUGAAUUAGUUAAGGUAGAAUCUGAAUAUGAUUGUUAUACGAAUAAUAUUUCCUUAAAUGGUGAAUUAAUGAACAAUGAAGAACCAGAAUCGAGUGAGUCGAAAAGUAAAAUUGAAAAGAAAUUCAAAAUUAAAAGUUCUCCAAGUUUGGUAAAUGAAUACGAUGAAACUGUCGUGGAUAAUUCACCUAGAAAUUACCUGAAACCUGACAACGAUAGUGAAAUUAAAGUUGAAUAUAACAAAAGUGAUAAUGAAAGUAUACUUGAGGAUAAGUCCAUGAUAAAGAAAAAGUCUAUGAAAAGAAAGAGUGACGGUAUUUCAAAAAGAGGCUCGAAGAAAAUUAAAGUGGAACAAUUUGAUGAUACAUAUGAAUACACAUAUGAUGAUGCGCAAGAAUCACCAACGAAACAAUAUAAGAAAUAUAAAGAAUCUGUAAAGUUAGAAACCUCUGAAAGUGAAGAGAUUACAACAAAGAAGCAUUCAAAAAAAUCUAAUAUUUCAGAUUCUCAAAUUGUGUUCGAAAAUGUAAAAAUUAAAAAAGAACGAUUAACUAGUGGAUCUGAAAACAGCCAAGACGAGAAUUAUGUAACAAUAAGUAAAACAUUAAAAAAAGAUCCCGACGCAUCUAGUUCUCACGAUACACCAAGUGAAAAUAACACUACCAAAAAGAAACGAAAGAAACAUUCGAAGAAUGCUAUUAUAGACACGAGUACGAUUAAAAUAGAAUUUGAUGAACAUAAAUUUAAAAACUUCGCAAUUAAUGAAGAAAACUUUCGUAGCAAUGAAGAUAUAACUGAAGACAUUUAUUCAAAACAAUAUGUAAAAAAUGUAAGUAGUUCACCUAGGGAAAAACAUAAUAUUCGUUUGAAUGAUAAUACUUAUGAUGAUGAAAUAAAUGCAAAUACCACAAAACGUUCGAAAAAGAAAGUAAUAAAUGAAGAUAUAAUAGGUAGUGGAGAGAUAAAAUUGGAGAAAUUCUCAGCGACUGAUAAUUCAGAUAUUGAUAAUAGCGAUUUUCGAAGUACUGAAAAAAGAAAAAAGCAUAAAAAAAAAUUAUCCACAGAACUAAAUAAAUUUAGGGGCACAGAUCAUGAAUCUGAAUUUGAUUUCAAUGAUGUUGAAGUUAAAACCGAGAGGUUUUCAGAUUGGGACAUUUAAAAAAAAAAAUAUAUAUA